UCAACUAACCGUAUAAAUAUAAGUCAUUGUUUAUUUAACAAAUUUGUAUUUAAUUAAAAUUUUUGUAAUUUUUUUGUAAUGUUUUGCUAUUCACUAAACUGAGUUGAUGUCUUUUGGAUGUAAUUAGACAAUUUGUAUUUUGUUUUGUAUCAUGAAGACAAGACUAACAAGUCAUAUUUUUUCAAUAUGGCAAAUGAAGAAACUCGAAAUGGAUCAAUUGACAAAGGCGAUAAGUCUAAGAAAAAGGAAAAGGGGGAACAGGCUCAGCUGAAGAAGUCAACUUUUUAUGAAAAGCCGGAGAUGGUGGACAUAGGAGUGCAGGCGGGGGAUUCCGUGGAUGAAAUAAAAGUGAGGUAUAAGGAACCGAAUAGGGGUAAUAGCUCCAAUGACUCUUUGCGGAGAAGUUCGACAACGACUACGUCAUUACCGCGACGAUCAUGGGAGACGGAGGAUUACAUAGAUUUCGAUGACCUCCUGCCGAUGAUCGGCGAGUUCAGUCACUUCCAGGUGAUGCUGCUCCUGUUCAUGAUCCCCUUCUGCUUCAUCACCGCCUUUGUGUACCUGGGCCAGAUAUUCAUGUCCCUCACGCCCCCCAAGUACUACUGCUAUGUGCCGGAACUGACGUUGAUGAAUAAUGUGGAGCUGCGCAAGCAGUUGUCCAUUCCGCGGGAGAAAGAUGGAUCCUACAGUUGCUGUCGCAUGUAUGACACCAACUACACCAAGAUCCACUUUGCGCCGAACCCAAGUGCCUAUAUCAACACUUCUUUGCCCACGAUGCCCUGCAAGCGGGGCUAUGUCUUCGAGCCGGAUGAAAAGCCCUACAUCUCGGCCACCAUGGAGUUCGGCUGGCUGUGCGACGACGACAAGUACGCCACCUAUGCCCAGAUCAUCUUCUUCGUGGGCUCUAUUCUGGGCGCUCUGGGAUAUGGCUAUUUCGCGGAUCACUGCGGAAGGUUGGCGGCGCUGGUCAGCAGCUGCUUUGUCGCCUUGGUGGGCAGCUUUGCCACCUCGAUGUCCUACGACUUUUCCAGCUUUGCUCUGUCGCGGUUCAUUGUCGGGACCUCUUAUGAUACCUGCUUUACGAUGGUUUAUAUUUUGGUUCUGGAAUAUGUGGGCCCCAAGUACCGCACCCUGGUGGCAAAUUUAUCGCUGGCCCUGUUCUACUGCCCCUGCACGAUGCUGAUGCCCUGGAUCGCCUUGUCGGCGGGAAAUUGGCGGAGGUUCUCGGCAUACACGUCGCUGCCCAUUGUGCUGGCCAUGUUCUCCUUUUGCUUAAUCCCCGAAUCUGCGCGCUGGCUGGUGUCGGUGGGUGACAUCGAAGGGGCCAUGGAGAUAUUGAAACGUGUGAUGCGGAUGAAUAAGAAGAAUGUGGCCCCGCAAAUACUGGAACUCUUUGAGUCGAGUUGCACACAGUUCUAUAAGGAGGAGCUCCACGGACGCGAUUUCAACGUGUUCUCGAUCUUCAAGCGACGACGGUUGGCCCGUUACAUGGUCCUGCUGAUCAUCAUCUGGAUGGCCAUGUCUCUGGUCUACGACGGACAUGUUCGGGCGGCCAGUGUCCUGGACUCGCAGAAUAUCUUUGUGUUCUUCACUAUCGCCUGUGCCACGGAGUUGCCGGGUAGUAUCCUGGUGAUCUUUACGCUGGAUCGCUGUGGACGACGCUGGUGCUCCUUUGCCUUCACCUCGUUGAGUGGAGUAUUCAGCCUGGUGGGAGCUGGGCUAGCGAAUCGAACGCUUAUGAGGAUAUCAGCGCUAGCCGGGCGAUUCUUUGCGAAUAUGUGCUAUAAUAUUGGACUGCAGUGGGCGGCGGAGAUACUACCCACUGUGGUUAGGGCCCAGGGAGUGGCCCUCAUCCACACGAUGGGCUUUGUGGCGAUGCUGUUGUCCCCACCAGUGGUGUACCUCUCCCAUGUGUCCUUUCCGCUCAUGCUCUUGGUUCUGGGCGUCCUGGGACUCUUGGGCGGACUGCUGGCCCUCUUUCUGCCAGAAACGCUGAACCACGAGCUACCGCAAACCCUUAGCGAUGGAGCUGAAUUUGGGAGGAACCAAAGGCUUUGGCAUGUGCCAUGCUGUGGCCCGGGAGCAAGGAAAUCCCACCCCAGACACUGGCGCCGGGGCUCCAGCCUAAGGACCUUGUCGCGAGAAGAGUUCCGAUCCAGCAGAAUGUUCCGAAAGACAGAUUAUGUGCACCGGGAGAAGAGCCAGCCCUCCAGCGAAAACCAGAAAGUCGACGAGAAAGUAAUCCGAACCUAUAAAUAUAAUGGCUAGAUUUGGUGUAAGGAAA